AAAUUAUUAACAUAUUUAUUUUGUUGUUAUUUAUAAUGCAUUAUAGAUACUUUGCACAGAUUUCAGUUUAUAACCAACUCAGUAAAUUCAAGUUUUUAUUUAAUUAAAAUGUAUAUUAUUAUCAGUUAUUUAACAUUUAUCACAUCAGGGAUAAAUAUGAGACUAUUCGCCGACACGCAUGCGUAUUAAAGGCAACUCAUUUGACAACUCGUCGCUAACAGAUACAUCGAAAUAUUGAGCUGUGGCUCCAUCCUAUAGACCAAUUAACAUAUCAGGUUUAUGCUUCAUCCAUUGUAUAUAAUCAAAGAUUAUUCUAAUGCUAUCAUAGUGCCCAUCUACCAGUUGGUCCCUUCUUAUCAUUCUGUCGACUAGAGCACUACCUAUAGUUCCAUUAAUCGUGACGCCUAGAUUAUGGUUUCAUUUUUUCCUCCACGAAAGAUGGUUAGUAAAUUGGUUACCUCUCUGACCAGUGUGACCAGUGAGCGUCUCUAAGUGUGAUCGUUUUUGAUUGGUCAUCAAGUUUGACGCUCGCCCCAAGCUUUUGCUUAUAGCCGCCAUAUUGUUAAGCGCGGCGUCUCGCGUCUACCGCUAUACUGCAGUCCGUAAAUUGGCAUUUCGUAGUAGUGUGUCGUGUGUACUUGUGUGUCGUAUUCUUUGUUUUGUUUGUCAUUUCAUGUUUUUCUCUUCAUCAACGUCGAACACUAAGUAAACACGUGUUUGAACGUCAAAUUUUGUUCAUUGCUCAGCGUUGUUUUAAAUUGGUAAGUAAUCCGUAUUAAUAUAUUGUUAAUUAAUAUUUAACUUCCACCAAAUUGUUUAUUAUUAUUAUUAUUAUUAUUAAGAUCAUGGCCGCAAAUAUUGUGGGUGCCUUUAAGCCCAGUAUGCAAAAUGUUGUCAAGACUUCGAAAAUCCUACUGGUUGGUGCCGGGGGCAUUGGUUGCGAGGUACUCAAAAACCUCGUGUUAAUGGGAUUCGGCGAGUUGGAAGUCAUCGAUUUGGAUACAAUAGAAAUCAGCAACUUGAAUCGUCAGUUUUUAUUCAGCAAAGAUUCUGUAGGUAAACCUAAAUCGCAUACAGCUAAGGAAAGUGUCUUACGAUUUAAUCCUAAUGUAAAUAUAAAUUCUCAUUAUGGAGAUAUUAUGGAUACAAAAUAUGGCUCUGCGUUUUUUAAUAAAUUUAAAUUAGUAAUAAAUGCUUUGGACAACAAAAGAGCUCGCAGCCAUGUUAAUCGCAUGUGUCUUUCAUGUGACAUCCCCCUCAUAGAAUCUGGAACAAUGGGUUAUAGCGGACAAGUGGAAUUCAUUAAGAAAGAUUUCAGUCUUUGUUAUGAAUGCUCCCCAAAACCUGUACCUAAAGAUUACCCGAUGUGCACCAUAAGGAACACACCAAAGGAACCUAUUCAUUGCAUCAUCUGGGCUAAGUUUUUAUUUAGUCAGCUGUUUGGAGAAAAUACAGAAGAGUUGGUAUCUAUGGAAGAAACUGAAGACGAAACCGAGGAAAAGUUAUCAGCCCGUGAUUGGGCCAAGGCAAAUAACUACGAUGGUCAAAAGUUAUUCAAAAAGAUAUUCUAUGAUGAUAUUGAUUAUCUUUUAAAUAUGAGAGAUUUAUACAAAUCAAAAAGUAUCAAACCAAGGAAAUUAGAUUACGUUUAUCUUAAUGGAGUCAAAUCUGAAUAUGCUCAUGAGGAAGAAAGCAAAAUAUUGACACUCCCUCAAUAUAUAUCAAUGUUUAUUGAUAGUAUAACAUCCAUCAAAGAAAAAUUGGAUCAAUCUAAGAAAGGUUAUUUAAAUUGGGACAAGGAUGAUGACGAUUUCAUGAAUUUUGUAGUUGCCUCCACUAAUAUUCGAUCAGUUAUAUUCGGUAUCGAAAUCAAAAGCCAUUUUAAUAUUAAGUCAAUGGCUGGAAAUAUUAUACCUGCUAUACCUACUGCAAAUGCAAUUAUAGGUGGCCAAAUAGUGAUACAUGGUUUGCGAGUACUUGAAGGUAAGUAUCCACGUUGUCAAACCGUAUACCUUAGAGGUAUGCCAAAUCAUAAAGGGGAAAUCAUAGUCAAAGACAAAAUUGUACAAAAACCUAGUCCCACUUGUACAACUUGUUCUACUGAAGGUCAUAUUGUUCUAGCCGUAAAUACAUUCACAUUCACAAUUAGACAGUUUGAAGAUUUGGUUUUAAGGCAAAGAUUGAAUAUUGUCGCUCCUGACGUUCUUAUUGAUGGUCGAAUGAUAAUAUCCAGUGAUGAAGACGAUGAGUUGGAUCUUUAUUCUAAAACUUUUUCCGAAGCCAAUAUUUUACAUGGAUCGAAAAUUUCAGUUGAUGAUUUUUUACAAAAUUAUCGUGUACAAAUGUUAGUACACCAUAAAAUGAAAGUUUCCGAUGAACAGCCAGAAUUUGAACUCUUCAAUAAUUCUGAUGAUGUUGACAAAGAAGAUGAUUUUGAACAAGAAGAAUAUGAUGAUGAGUGCCAUAUUGACGGAGAAGAUCACAAAUUUAUUUAUGUCAAGCAAGAAGAAUCAUCCAACGAAGAAAUGGCAAAUGAAUCUGAUGAAGAUAAUUUCAGCAGUGUGGAAGAAGAACUUGAAGAAACAGAAUUAUUUGUUGACGCGGGUGCAGUCAAUGAUGCUUCGGAAACCUGUAUUAAGAUAACGAAUGUAUGUUCAAUUACUGAAGAUAAUACUUUAUCCAUUAUUGAAGAACAAUCAGCUGAAGUUCCAGCUGAUAGCCAAGAUGAGAAUAAUGAAGAUGAUGCCAAAGAUAAUUUUGAAAUUGAAGAUGAUGCCAAAGAUAAUUUUGAAAUUGAAGAUGGUGCCAAAGAUAAUUUUGAAAUUGAAGAUGAUGCCAAAGGUGAUUUUGAAAUUGAAGAUGAUGCCAAAGGUGAUUUUGAAAUUGAAGAUGAUGGAAAUGAAACAAAUUUGGAACUUAAAAGAAAGGCUGAAGAUAAUGUGGACACUACUGAGACAAAGAAAAGCAGAUCAUCUACAGAUGAAUAAAAAUGUUCAUCGAAAAAUAUGGACUGAAUAUUUAUUUUUAUUAUUAAUUAUUUUUUUUAACAUCUAGACUUAAAUGUUGAUUUGUCCCAUCAUUAAUAGGUAGAUAGUAAAAAUAUUGUCUACAUGUAAAAUGCACUUAGCUAAAAGUUUCUUAUUAUUUUUAUCUUUCCGUUGUUUAAAAAAAUAAUUAAUAACAGUGUUAUAUGAUAUUCACUUGUUUAAUACGAAAUCUGAUUAAUGUACUCAACCUUUUGUUUGUUAAUGUAUUAUUGCUCCUAAGUUUCUCACACGCAAUUUAAAGUUAUUUUAUUACAAUACUAUUUGUUGCUUAAUUUAUAAUUGCAAAAUGUAAUAUUAGGAACAUAUUAAAUGAUCUAGCAAGUUUUUUUAAAAUUAUACCAAAUGAGCAAUUAUAAUGUAAAGGAUCAUUUACCUGUUAACUUGAAUUUGAUACACAAAUAAUAAUAAAAAUUAUUAAUAUUGGAUAAUACAUAGGUACAUAAAAAAUAUUGUAGAAUGUGUAGUAAAAAUUAUAAUCUUGGUAAUACUCUUAAUAUAGUAAAAAUACAAAUUUUGAAGUGAAAAUAAAAAACCAUAUUCAUAGUAUUUACUAAAAAAAUAAACCGGGACAAUUAAUGAUGUGACAAAUCGCUAUUUAUGUAAGUUUGUUAAAAGAAAUAAAUUUAAAUUAUUCUAAGUAAUAGCUUAGUUCAUAUAUUUAUGAAAUAUUACAAUGUAACAUAAAUAACUUACUAUUAAAUAAUUCUAGUAAGUUUUUUUUAUUAUUUUUCAUUAAAAUAUUAAGAAAUGUACAAUUAUUGUAAAAAACAUUAAAAAUUAGAAUCAGGUAGUACACUUUGGGUAAUGAAAGUACAAAGUUUGAUUAAAACACAAAGUGAAAAUUAGAAAACUACAUUCGUAGUAGGUACCGACAAAUUAACAGGAAUAAUUAUUGAUUAUCCAUAUUUUUAUUAAUUUUUUUGCUUAAAACCAAAUUAUAUUUUAUUUUAAAUUGUAUAUUCAUCUAAAUUAUCUUGUGAUUGUAAUAUUAUUAAAAACAACUUUUAGACUUUUUAAAUAAAAUUUAAUUAAUAUAUAAUAUAAUGCUUUAUAAAAAAAAUUCUAAACAUAACUAAUAAUAUCAUAUCAUUUGUAUCCAAGUGCUACAAUAAAGCCUGUUUUACGAUUCAUUAUUAUUUUAUAACUAAUUACUUAUCUAGGUAUUUACUAAAAUACCCUCCUCAAAACUGAGUAUAUUAAAUUGGUGUAAAUCUUAAUUAUAAAUUAAGAUUUGUUAACCAGCUUUGAGGUAAUUUUUUUAAAACCUAUGUUUCGACAGUUGAUAAGUGAGAGUAUUCAGCAGAUGAAUGGAUUUUGGACUUUUGAUGAAAUGUUCUACAAAUUAAUUUAGAUAAAGAGGGAGUUAAAUACCAAAAAGAAAAUGGUUAUGUAUAUGAUGUACUGCAGUGAUCAUAUUUUGGUGUCUUAAAUUACUUUUGGGUAUUAUACCAUUUAGCUGUUUUAUUAGUUCCUGAUUUUUGUUUUUUUAUUAUUAAAUUUAAGUCUUAUAUUCAUUAUUAUGGGUUAGGUAAGUAAUAUCUAAUUCACCAUAAUAGUUAUAUGAAUGCCAAUUUUUGUUUAUUUUACUCUCUCUAUAUAUAUAUAUAUAUAUAUAUAUUAAGAUUAAGAAUUACCGAUAAUUUAAUUGAUUAUACUGUAAUGAUUAUACCAUGUAAAAAUAAAAUAAAUUCAAAUGUGAUAAAUAGUACCAUGUUAUUAUUUUUCUACAUUAAUUAAGAAAUACAUUUUAAGCCAUAAGUAAAUUUGUAUUAUAAUGAUUGGUUUGAUAGAGAGUAUUGAAUUCAAUGACUAUAUGAUUUUGUAUUGAGUGUAAUUUAUUUGUGAAGAAACUUCCGUUAUAAACAUGGUAAAUACUUGUCAAUUUAUUUAAUACACAUUGUUUUUUUUUUUUUUUUUUAAUAUAACUUAUUUUCAAUAAAAUUUCUGAUUGCUGAUUA